AAGGCUGCUGGGAGUCCGCUGUCAUGGCGUCGCAUGUCAACACGGAGCAGGGCUGUUGACACAUGUGUUUCACUUUCAUUGUCAGCCGUUAAGCUUCCUAGGAAAAGAUGUCCGGCGCAAACAAAGCAAUCGAGUUACAACUUCAAAUGCGCCAGAAUGCGGACGAGCUGCAAACUUUCAUGAGAGAGAUGAAUGGCUGGGAGACAGACAUGAAGAGGAAAGACGAGGAGCUCAGAACGGGACACACCGAGGAGAACCAGAAUAAUCUACCCCCUGUGCGUAACAAAGAUUUCAAAAAGAAGAGGAGAAAGACCAAACCGUCCGAGGAGAACAGUCAGCCGAAGACGGACGAACCCAAAGAAACGCCGAGAAUUAACGCCUUCGACUAUAAAGCAUGGGACAAAUUUGACGUGGACAAGGCUCUGUCCGCCGUCGAUAAGGAAGAGAGUCCAGCGGGCGGCUCGGACUCAGACUCUGAGGACGCCACAGCAGCAGUGGACCACAGCCUGGCGCUGUCUGAGAAAGAGAAGGGCAACGCGCUGUUCAGAGAGGGGAAGUACGACGACGCCGUUGAGUGUUACACCCGAGGGAUGAGCGCUGACCCCUACAACCCCGUCCUCCCCACGAACCGGGCCUCCUGCUUCCACCGACUCAAAAAGUUUUCAGUGGCCGAGUCCGACUGCAACCUGGCGAUCGCAUUGGACAGCAACUACUUCAAAGCCUUCGCCCGCAGAGGGGCGGCCCGGUUCGCCCUGGAGAAGUACAACUCGGCCUUGGAAGAUUACGAAACUGUUCUGAAGCUCGAUCCCAGGAACGCCGACGCGAAGACGGAAGUGAACAAAAUAAAGAAGGUCAUAGCGGACCGCGGCACGGACGUCUCGAGCCAGGCCGCCCCCCCAGAGGAGGCCCCCGCCGUGAUGGACCCCCAGCAGCAGAAACGUCUGGAGGAACAGCAGAAGAGACAAGAGGCGGUGAUGCAGAAGGACAGAGGCAACGCGUACUUCAAAGAGGGGAAGUACGAGGCGGCGCUGGACUGCUACACCGGAGGCAUGGAGGCCGACCCUACCAACGCCCUCCUGCCCGCCAACAGAGCCAUGGCCUACCUCAAGCUGGAGAGGUACAAGCAGGCCGAGGAUGACUGCGGCACGGCCCUCACCCUGGACAGCACCUACUCCAAGGCCUUCGCCCGCAGAGGCACGGCCCGUCUGGCUCUGGGGAAGCUCCGUGAGGCCCAGCAAGACUUCCAGGAGCUGCUGAAACUCGAACCCGGAAACAAGCAAGCGUUGAACGAGCUCCAGAAAAUAAAAAUCGAGACUGGAGCGUCCGGCGGCCUCCUGGGAACGGAGGACGACGCUCCCAGACGCACGGUCCAGCCGCUGGAGAAACCGGCACACCUCCGCUCCGCCAAGCCCCUGAGGAGGGUUGACAUCGAGGAGGUGGGGGGAGACGUUCCGGUCCCGGACCAGGUCUGGCCGGGGGUCCCGUCGGGGUCGGUGCCCCAGGACCCCUCCUGGUCCCCGGGCCAGGGCCAGGGCCAGGGCCAGGGCCAGGGCCAGGGCCAGUCGAAGGAGGCCGGAGACCAGGCCUCUCCACUCUCCACCUCCCCCAGCGCCAAGGUCCUUAAGAUCGAGGAGAUAUCGGACGUCCCGACGCAGACGGCAGCACGGAGUGCUCCGGGGGGUGACGUCAUGAGACCGGACCCUGCCGCUCGUCUCCCAGCAGCCCCCACCCCCACCCCCACCAGUACCACCAGUACCACCAGCACCACCGCCCCCAGCUCCGUCAGGUCGUCCAUUGACCCGACGGAGCUGUUACCCGCGCCGGCAACAAACAGCUACCAGUUUGAGGCAGACCUCCGGACCAUCGGCCCUCAUCAGCCCCAACAGAUCUACAGAUAUCUCAGGCAAAUGGAGCCGGCAGCAUACGCCAAGAUCUUCCAGAACUCUCUGGAAUCUGACCUCCUCAACCAGAUCCUGAAGACCCUACUGGAGUUCUACACCGAGAAUGAAACACCAGCACUCAUACUGGGAAUCCUCACAAAUCUGGCCAGUGUGCGGAGAUUCGACAUGGCCAUUAUGUUCAUGUCUUCGGCAGAGAAGAAAGUUCUCCGGGAACUGUUUGAUUUCCUCCAACAAGCUCCCUUGGAAAAAGGCGCUUUGAAAACCCUGCGAAAGAAAUAUGACAUCUGACCCUAUGACAACGGGUAUCAAGCGGAAUUGACCUGUGGUCACCACAAGCUUUAACAACAACUUUGCCAACAGUGCAACUUGCUUUUCUGUAUUCUACUGUAGUGUUGUUCACACAUAGGUUUGUUUAUGCAAGAGCUGGACUUUCCCGUUGGCAAGAUUGAACGUAUUGAUUAGUAUUUCAACUGUCAGUGGGUUGCUGUCUUUGGUACUUUCUCCUUUAUGUCGGGCCCACUUGAAAAGUUCAUUUUUGAUGUUUUUUGUCCUUUGCGUGAGAACAGCUUGUAAACUCGACUGGACAAUAGUAAAGGUUUCAAAUAAAACACUUAACUGGAGUCAAACUUUGGAAUCCAUCUCUUUUGUCUAAAGGAGUCCGAGCUGAACGGUAAAUAAAGGCGUAUUACAUUCAGCAUUACCGUAAAGGUUAAUGCAGUUGAACAAACAAUCGUAUCGCUAAUGUCAGUUGAUAAGAACGAUGACAGAUUGACCGGCUCAGUAUAGGCAACAGCAUUGACUCCAAAGAUUUAUUAGAGAUUGCAUAGUUUGGCUUAUAUAUCAUGAAACUGAAAAGGUAUCGGUCGGUUUGGGGACGGAUACUUCAAUAGAGUACUGUUGCUAGAAUCAUGUUUGCAUCUUAUAGAAACAACAACCAUAGAAUGAUUAUCAAAUAUACACAACCAUAAUCUAUUGUCACGGCCUACUGCAUCGCAGAAAGACUUCCAAGUUGAAUGUUGCUUCUCAUCCUCCACUCAACAUCCACACCAAUGGGGUUCUGGGAGGAAACAAGAUAAAUAAAACACAAUAUUGCAUUAUAAAAUGUAAUGCAUUUAUAUAGCUCUUUUCUAACCAGUGGCCAAUCAAAGCGUUUUACAAUACUGCAUCACAUUCACCCAUUCAUAGACACAUUCACACACCGACAGCGGUGUUUACCAUGCAAGACGAUAGCCAGCUCGUCGUGAGCAGUCAGGGUUAGAGGUGCCUUGCUCAGGGACACCUGGACACUCUGAUAGGAAGAGCCGGGGAUCAAACUAGCAAACUUAUGGAAACCAGCCAACCCGCUCUGCCUCUUGAGCCACAUGCUGCCCUGAUUAAGUGGGAGGUAACCGUGACCACGAUAAAACCUACUCGUCCCGUGAAAGGGCUGAUUAUGGUUCCACGUUGACGCAACGCAAGGACAACGCAAACGCUUUCGAAGCAGUCGUGAACCUGUUGUGGUUCUGCGUCGGGUUUUAGUGAGCGGACCAAUCAAAGCCCUUUCUGCUGCGUCGCCUCGACCCAUGGUUACACUUUUCGGGAGGCGAACGUCAGGCCCUUGCGGUGGACGCAAGGAGGGUCUGCAAGGACGUAGUGGGUCCGUGAACCCCCUUUGUAUUGCGUUAACGUGGAACCAUAACGAAGCCUUAAGAGCGGCCGUGACGCAGACCACCCACCUGAGACGGUGAGAGUAUCGUUGACUGUGGCGGUCUUCCCCGAGAGGGUGUUCUGCGCCUGGCAGCUGAUGGACUCCGUGGCCACGUAGCGGCUGACGGUGAUGUCGAUGGAGCUGCCCUUCACCGGGGAGCCGUACACGGUCCAGGUGUAGGUGCAGGCCGGACUGCAGGUGGCGCUGCACGUGAACGAGGCCUUGACCCCGACCUCUAUAGAAGGCGAUCCGGAGAUGGUGACGUCCACUGGCCCGUCUGAGAACAGGAGCAGCAACUUUGAAGCGGCUCAAUGAUUGGACAUGCCUUUAAAAUAUCAACGCAUCAUUUUGGGCGGUUCGAUGUCGAAAAGCUGUUCAAUUGGAUUCAAACUAGAAUGUAGGAACUUGUAGAACAUUUUUUAAUGGUAGAUUGAAAGAGGUACGUCUACCGACAUAACAAUAAUGUCCAUGGUCACUUCUGUGGAUAUUCGAUGCAUUGUUUCCGAUGAUUUAUACGGUAAUGUUGGAAUAAAGAAGAGCGAGCGGGUUUCCCUUACAAGGUACGAUGACGGUGGUCUCAGCAGAGCUGUUCUUCAUGGUCAGAGGGUCGUACGCAACGCAGCGGAGGACGGCUUGGUUGGGUGGAGUCACUGGUGUGAAGGAGAUGGAGGCGUUCGUGGACAGCAUCUUGCCGUUGUAGAACCAGCUGAUGGAGCAGGCCGGAUAGCAGUCGGCCACACACUGCAGGGCUGUGAUGGAUCCAGCCAGGGCAGUCAGCUCCUUACCGACUGCACCCUUGUUAACCUCAACGAUCUGGACUUUGAUGGGUCCAACUGGAAAAUACAACAGGUAUUCCACGGAUUAGAUGCGACAGCUUUGUGUUGAUCUACUAUUUAGGAGAACAUAACAAAUACCAUGAAGAUCCAAUGAGUUUCACAGUCCAUGUGUCAUAAUGCUUAGGACUAGGUAAGGUCAGCACCCCUAGACACUAGGUAAGGUCGUACCCAUCACAACUAAAGGUAUCAUCUUAUAAAAUUUGUUGAAGGUGAAAUAUGUAACGUCAGCUCACAUGUACCACAUCGCUACAGAGUCGGGGUUUGAGAACAGUCCCUUGUUUUUGUUUUUUUUAAACCUACAAGAAGCUCAUUUGGUCUGGUAUGACCAGUGAUGGGUGAGUGGUUAUGACGUCUCCUUACAAGGAACGAUGACGGUGGUCUCAGCAGAGCUGUUCUUCAUGGUCAGAGGGUCGUACGCAACGCAGCGGAGGACGGCUUGGUUGGGUGGAGUCACUGGUGUGAAGGAGAUGGAGGCGUUCCUGGACAGCAUCUUGCCGUUGUAGAACCAGCUGAUGGAGCAGGCCGGAUAGCAGUCGGCCACACACUGCAGGGCUGUGAUGGAUCCAGCCAGGGCAGUCAGCUCCUUACCGACUGGACCCUUUUGGGCUUCAAUGAUCUCCACUUUGAAGGGUCCAACUGGAGAGUUGAAGAUGCAUUCGCGGAUUAGAUGAGA